UUUAUACUGAGUCCUGUGUUUGGAUAAUCAAACGCCCACUUUCAAUGAUGUUCUCAUAACCCGUCAAAUACAUCGGCUUAGCACACAAUCUGGAUAAUCCACAUACAACACGACGUUAAAAUGUCUCAGGUUCACGAUUACAAGGACGAAUACGUGUGGAUCGAUCCGGAAAAGCCAGGAGAAUUUUGUGUGUCGAUAGGGGCCAAAAUAAUAACAUCGGAUGCUGGCGAAAUUUUGUUGCAAGACGAUGAUGGACGGGAGAAAUGGAUAGAAGAAGGCGCGCUGCUCCUUCGUCACAUGCAUGUUACAUCGGUCGAAGGAGUGGAGGAUAUGAUUGGUCUUGGGGACUUGAACGAAUCCAGUAUCGUCAGAAAUCUGUUUACUCGAUACAUGAAACAUCAAAUUUAUACCUACACAGGAUCAAUCCUUGUGUCAGUGAACCCCUACCAAGUUCUCCCCAUCUACACAGAGGAUCAGGUGCAUUUGUACCAGGAGAAAAAGAUAGGAGAGUUACCUCCCCAUGUGUUUGCUAUAGCAGCCAAUGCAUACAGUAGCCUGAAAAGAUAUCAGAAAGAUCAGUGCAUCAUUAUUAGCGGAGAAUCUGGCUCUGGCAAGACAGAAUGUACCAAACUAAUUUUAGAAUAUUUGGCCUCUGUUUCUGGACAAAAUUCUGGCAUAGAAAAACAGAUUUUACAAGCUAACCCUAUCAUUGAAGCUUUUGGUAAUGCCAAGACAAUCAGGAAUGACAACUCAAGUCGUUUUGGUAAAUACAUCGACAUCCAUUUCAACGAGAAAGGUGUGAUUGAAGGGGCCAGGAUAGAGCAGUACCUGCUUGAGAAGUCUCGUAUUGUCAGCCAAAGAAAUGGAGAAAGAAACUAUCACAUAUUUUACUGUAUGCUGGCAGGGAUGACUCUGGAAGAAAAAUCUAUUUUUGAGCUCAGGGAAGCUGAAUACUAUGAUUAUCUUGUACAGGGUAAAAGUAUUGAAUGUGAUGGAAGAACUGACAACAAAGACUUCUCUGGCAUUUUGUCAGCAAUGAAGGUUCUCAUGUUUGAAGAAGAUGACAUCAUGAAUAUCCUUAAGGUUCUCUCAUCUCUACUACAGUUAGGGAACAUUAAAUUUAUAGAAACUGAAUUGGAUAAUAUUGCUGCUUCAGAAAUAGAAGAUAUAAUUUUCAUCAACAAAGCAUCAAAAUUGAUGGAGGUUGAUGCUCAAGCAUUAAUUGAUGCCCUGACCACUAAAACAAUUUCUGCCAAAGACGACAUGGUCACAUACACAAUGAGCAAGUCUCAAGCUGUUGAUGUGAGGGAUGCAUUCGUCAAAGGGAUUUAUGGUCGUAUGUUCAUCUGGAUUGUGGAGAAAAUUAACAACACCAUAUUUAAACCCCAGGAACACUGGAACAGAAAAUCUAUCAGAGUCCUGGAUAUCUUCAGUUUUGAAAACUUUGAUCAAAACAGUUUUGAACAGUUCUGUAUCAACUAUGCAGUUGAAAGCCUUCAACAGUUUUUUGUGAAACAUAUCUUCAAAUUUGAGCAAACAGAGUACAACACUGAGGGCAUCAACUGGAAACACAUUGAGUUUGUUGACAAUCAGGAUGUGCUGGAUCUGAUAGCAGAUAAGCCCAUGAACAUCUUAGCAUUGCUGGAUGAAGAGAGUAAAUUUCCAAAGGGUACAGAUGAAAGCAUGUUAAACAAGCUACACAGAUAUCACGCUAACCAUCCCAAGUACCAGAAACCCAAGUCAACUGCCAGUCAAACAUUUAGCAUUCAGCACUUUGCAGGGCUAGUGGUUUAUGAUUCUAAAGGUUUUCUGGAUAAAAAUAGGGACACAUUCAGCUCAGAUCUGGUUCAGUUGAUUCAGGCGUCUAAAAAUAACUUUAUCAAAUCUCUGUUUAACUCCAUCUUUUCAAUGGACAAUGAGAGAAAGAAAACCCAGACACUGGCUUCACAAUUCAAAAAGUCCCUGGAACUUCUUAUGGCCACACUAAAUGCUUGCCAGCCAUACUUCAUCAGAUGCAUCAAACCCAAUGAGUUUAAAAAACCUUUGGUAUUUGACAGAGAGCUAUGCUGCAAACAGCUCAGGUAUCUCGGCAUGAUGGAAACCAUCCGCAUACGUCAAGGGGGGUACCCCAUCAGGCACAGGUUUGCAGAGUUUGUUGACCGCUACAGGUGUUUGGUCAGUGGUGUUGGACCCUCUGUGAAAGGGAACUGUAAGGCCUCGUGCACUAAGAUAUGCUCCAACUUUUUGAAAAGUUCUGACUUCCAGCUUGGAAAGAGUAAAGUAUUUUUGAAGGGAACUGCUGAUCUGUGCCUAGAGCAUGAAAGGGAAGUAAUUCUGACAAAGAAUAUUUUGAUAUUGCAAAAAUCAGUUCAGUGCUGGUUAUGCAGGAAGAGAUACUUUAAGAUGAAAAAAGGAUUUACCCUUCUGCAAGCAACCUUCAGAUCGAAAAGAUUGAAUAAAAGCUGGAGAACUAUUCAGAAAUGGGUUGUUGAUCUACAGAGUGUAUGUAGAGGCUACAUGGUAAGGCGUAAUUUACAAAACCAACAGAUUUCCAAACCAGUUAGGAUUAAACAGCAGCUUAGCUCCUCAGUGGGGAGUGAUACAAUGCAUGAGACUAAAAACGUUGAGAAGAUUUCUGAUAGGUUGACUAUAAAUCCUUCAGUCAAAGAAAAAGAUUCACUCAAAGAAGAGGAGAAAGAAUCAGUGAAAGAUGAAGAAAAUGAUUCAGUGCAGGAAGCAAAAAAUGGUUCACUGAGUGCACCAGAUGUAAAUGAUACUGAAGACAAACAUCAAGUGACACAGACUCAAGAGGUGCCCUCAGUGACAGCCAUGAAAAAUGUGCACCCUAUGAUAGACACUACAGAUGAAAAUACAUUUUCUAACUUUGCUGCCAAGAACUUUCAAUGGGAGGUCACUCCGAGUCACAGUAUAGAACUCCUGACACAGCCAUUGCUUGCCUUGUCUAGUGAGGCUGAUCAGCUAGCAGCCUUGGCAAUAUGGAUAGUUAUUCUCAGAUUCAUGACCGACCUCCCAGAACCAAAGAACACUCUGACCAGAACAAGCAGCAAUAAUGAGACACCAACAAUGACCAAAAUAGCUUCAAAUCUUUCACAAAAGUUUAGCAAAAAGGAUGUGCAAAAAGCAGUCAGGUUGACUAAAGCUAAGAUAGCAGGGGAGGCAAAUUUACCAGAGACAUCCAAUUUUUUCAAACCAUCCAACAUGGAUGAGUCGCCAGACUCAACAGAUGAGUCAGAUACUGAUACAUCAGAUGAUGAAAAUGAUUCAGCUUUUCGAAAACUCUCCUACGCUGGUUACGACUCAAGAAAACAUUCUGUCAUCACUUUACCCAAAACUUCUGGCAAGAGAUCAGAAAAAGAUUUGGACACAAUAUCAGAUAUUAUUGGUGGUGAUAUUAACACCACACAACACAGUAAUGGGACUGUUACUAGUCUUGAAAUCCACAACCCACUUUUGGAAGACCGGCGGAUGUCCAGCUUUGAAAAAUUGCAAUAUAUUAUUGGUCAUUGCAUACUCAGAUCAGAUUUAAGAGAUGAGAUCUACUGCCAGAUCUGCAAACAGCUGACCAACAAUAACUCCAACAUAUCUGCUGCCAGAGGCUGGAUAUUGCUCAGUCUGUGUGCCUGUUCUUUCCUACCAUCAGAUAAGUUACUUCCCUGUUUGCUCAACUUCCUUCAAACAUCAAAUAUACAGCAGGGAUCCUUCUGUGAGAAGCUGUUGAGGAGAACAUUAGUUAAUGGUGUCAGGACUAGCCCACCUGGGUGGACUGAGAUCAAGGCUGUGUCGGCCAGAAAACCUAUUUCACUAGAGGUGAUAUUAAUGGAUGCGAACCCAUGCGCAGUUGAAAUAGAUUCUGCCACGACAGCUACAGAGCUGUGUCUGCAACUCUCUGAUCACAUCGGACUCAAAGACAAGUUUGGCUUCUCACUUUUCAUCGCCCUUUUGAACAGAAUAUCAAAAAUCGAUUCUGAUGAUGAUCAUGUGAUGGAUGUUGUAGCCCAGUCUGAGCAGUAUGCUGCACAGUUGGGAUGUGAGGAGAAGGAUGCACCAUGGAGGUUGUACUUCAGAAAGGAAAUUUUCACACCUUGGCAUAAUCCGUCUGCUGACCCUAUAGCCACUGACCUCAUAUACCAUCAGAUUAUUAUAGGUAUAAAGUCAGGAGAAUACAGUCUAGAAAAGGAUCAGGACCUGGCUAUGUUUGCAGCCCAGCAUUACUUCAUACAGCAUGGGGUUAAAGUUGUCAUUAAAAAACUGGAAGAGCUGGUACCACUAAUCAUUCCAGACUCCAUGUUGGAUGAAGAAGGUUCUGUGAAAGUCUGGAUCAACACCAUUGUAAAUAAGCUCAGGGACCAGUACUUUCAGAACCCUAAAGUUGAAUCUCUCAAGAUAAAAGAGGACAUUGUUAGCUAUGCCAUGUUUAAAUGGCCACUGUUGUUUUCAAGAUUUUAUCAAGUUUACACAAUAUCUGGCCCCAACAUGCCUGAUGAGGAAGUCAUUAUAGCUGUAAACUGGACAGGGGUCUAUGUUGUUAAUGAGGCAGAGGAUGUUCUGUUAGAGUUGUCUUACCCUGAAAUUAUCAGUAUCACAAGUGUAAGAACUAAAGUUCAAAAACAAGAGCAAGGAAGACAACCUGGACAGAGUAUAUCAAUAUUAACAAUCAAUGAUGAGGAGUACAUUGUUUACCUCCCUUAUGCUGAUGAUCUCAAGAAACUUGUUCAGUUGUUUUUAAAAGGCUUGAAGGAGAGGUCCAAAUAUGCAGUGGCCAUUCGAGACUCUAAAAACACUGAUCCCACAAAGCUGUUUUUAAAAAAAGGAGAUUUUGUCCUGCUGGACAGACCAACAGGGGAGUCUCCACUUCCUAGCUCUGCUUUAUGUAGUGGUCACAAUGUCAACACUGGGAAAAAGGGGAGCUUCACACUUGAUAGUAUCAGCAUAGUCCCAGCUCUAACCAAACCUCCUGUUGAAAUUAUGAAUAUGGUCACAAAAUGGGCAAAGCUUUACAAGGAGAAAGAAAUUACAAGAGAAGUUUUUGCUGACUUUCACACACUAGAAGAGUUUGCCACCGGGAAUUUUAGACCAUCCUCCAAGCGGAAUGUAGCACAUGGACAAGAGAAAUGGAGGCAUUCCAAGAAACCUUUGAAACAUCCACUCUUGAAGAGAUUAGUUGGGCAAGAACAGUUGUCUCUACAGGCUUGCAAGAGUUAUGUUGAUAUCCUUGUUCACAUACCUAGUUGGGUGUCGUCUAUUGAUGUCAUAUGUGUAUCUGUUGGACCUUUCCUACAACAAAAGUUUAUUAUGAAAUAUAUGGGAGACUACCCAAGUAAAAAGGCCAGAACUGCCAGUGUCUUUUUUACAGAUCAAAUUUUUACAGGACCAGUGAAUGAUGAGCUGUUGAGAGAUGAGUUCUACUGCCAGAUGAUGAAGCAACUCACUGACAAUAAAAAUAGUGUCAGUGAGGAGAGAGGUUGGGAACUGAUGUGGAUGGCCACAGGUUGCAUCUCACCCAGCCCAGACCUGCUGAAGGAAUUGAUCACAUUCUUGAUGACCAGGUGCCACAUCAGUCUUGCUGCUGAGUGUCUGGGCAGGCUCCAGCUGUGUCUGAGCAAGGGUGUUCGCAAGAGCCCCCCUCACAUUCUUGAGGUAAAUGCCAUUCAACAGAAGACACUGAAGAUCUCACAAAGGGUGAAUUUCCCAAACAACAGAAAUGAGAUAUAUGACAUACAUUCAAGCUCAACAGCUGGUGACCUUUGCCAGGAAAUCUGCAAAAAGUUAAACAUAAAGUCAUUUGAAGGUUUCAGUGUAUUUCUACAAGCUAAUGAUAAAAUGUUGAGCAUACCAGAGGAAGAAUUUUUUUUUGAUUGGCUGCACAUGAGCUCAUUAGAAUCAGCCUCCAAAGGGAAAAAACAACCAAAAAAAGGAUCAACACCCAGUACAGGGUGUGAGGUAUUUUUCAUGAAGAACAUUUGGAUUGAGAUAGAGCCAGGAGAAGACACACAAGCAGAUUUGUUGUUCCAUUAUUAUCAGACACUGCCAUACUAUUUAAAGAGUUUUUACAAAUGUACAUUGGAAGAAGCUACACAGCUAGGUGCUCUGGUCUACAGAAUACAGUAUGGGGAAGAUGAAGCAAACUUCAACAACAUUUCAAAGAUCUUAAAGCAAUUGAUUCCAAGUGAUUUGAUAGAAGUCCAAAAAGCUAAAGUUUGGAAACAGGAUAUACUAGCAGAAUACCAUAAAAAUGAAGGCAAGAGUGACAGUUUAUGUAAAGUUGAUUUUCUUAAGAUCAUAUCCAAGAAUACAACCUAUGGCUCAGAUUUCUUUGAAGUUAAGCAAACAUCAGACUCAAGUCUCCCAAGUGAUCUUAUUAUAGCAAUCAAUGAAAAUGGAUUUCACCUGUUACACAAUGAGACAAAGAACCUAUUGGCCAGAUACCCAUUCUCUAAGAUCACACACUGGAAGAGUGAUGACACGUUUUUUCAUAUGAGUUUAGGUGGGGAUCUCAGUGAUGAGUUCAAAUGCAAAACAGCAAUGGGUUACAGGGUUGCUGAUCUGCUCAAGUCAUACAUUAAGUUGAUAAGUUAAUUUUAGAAUACACUGCUAUAAAUAUUUAUGUUUUGUCUAUGAAUGAUAUUGUAACUAUUUAUAUCUUUAACUCAAAGUAGGCCUAAACAAAAUUUGUUUGUAUAUUAAUGAUGACUGUGGACAUUUAAACAUUCAAUUAUCAUCACAAUAUUGAAAUAUAUUUAUCGAGUUUUAUUUCUAUAACAAAUUUUUUUCACAGACAUUGUUUCACCUAAUUUAUUAUCAUGAUAACAUUUAAUGUAAAAUAGUUAUUGUUGUCAGUUAUUAUCAGGUAACAAUCAUUUUUCUUGGACCACUAAGAACAUUUUGGUAUGGUGGGGCAGGUGAAAUAGAGUCUAUCUGGAUUUACAGCUACAGAAAAUGACAUAACUGUAUGACCAAAUUUACUUUCUCAGGUAUCCAAUAGGUAUCCAAUAGAUCUAAUUGGAAAAAAAAAUUGAUUUCCAAAUUUGAGUAUUUAGUGACUAUUGACAGUUUACUGGCAAAACAGGAUAGUUUUUGGUGUGCUAUAUUUGCAGUUGAACUCUACUUCAUCUGCCCCCUAUAUCUUGGGCACAAAUGGGAAAUGAUGAUAUUAACAGUAGAUACAGAAUUAUUAAAGUGAACAGAGUGUGAGAAAUGUUUCAAAUAUGGAAGAAUAAUUUUAAAUAAUUAAAAAACGAACUGGCCACUUUGUCCAUAUUUUUGGAACUUGCUAAUUUUUAUACUACUGUGACUUAUAAAUUUGUAUUUUUUUCUGUGAUUUGUCAAUUUGUAUAUUACUAUGACUUGCAACUUUGAUUGUUUUUUCACAUUACAAAUUUAAAAAUACAAACACUGCAGAUGAAAUAGGCCUUACUUCAGUAUCAGGUUUAUAAACAAAAGAUUAUUUAAUUUAUGCAACAUUAGGUCUAUACAAAAGUGUACUAAUAUGUACACUAAGCUGUAUUUAACUUUAUGUAAACGUAAUUAAAAUAUACUGUGUUACAAAUUUGUUACAUUUUUAUGGCAUACGAUACUAAUAAUAAUAAAAAAAAAAUUGUUCUGGCCUGUAAUGACUUUUUAUUGUUUUGUAUGAAGUAUUAUAUAUUCCAAUAAUAUAACUGAGCAUGCU